AUGUCGUCUCUGCCGAUCGGAUGGGGUGAUAGGAACAACACCAUGUCAGAGCAUGACUUGAAGCUUGGUGGCGAUGCCGCGAACAAGUUUUCUGGGGCGAAGAAUGCUUAUAGCAGCGAAGAAGGUGGUAGUGGCUACAAGACGACCGAAGAAGUCAAGGCGUUCUACAUGCAGCAGAUUGAACAGAAACAAGAAGGUCCAACUACCUCCACAAAUCUUCCGUCUGGGUGGGAAGACCGACAACGACUUCGGGCGGUGGAAGCCAAACAGUUUGGAGUGUUUAGUACAAAGCCACCAACCACAGCACCGACCGACGUGACAGCUAUAAACCCACAACAGUCCUCUUCGGUAGCCAAGGCAGGCCCAACAAGCGCCGAGGCAGCACUUGUCAAAGUGGCGACAACAACUCUAGAUACCAUGGCAGCAACCUUGGAGACGAACCCUGUAUCCCUUUCGCCAGAUGAGAGGGCUGCUUUUGCUGCAGCCAUGCAGCGGGCCAUGAACGCCAUUGCCAAGUGCAGGUAG